AUGACUGACAGUCUACACACGGGGCCCAUCACCGCUCACCACCACACCCAGCCAACACUACCACCAGUGUACUGGGGACCUACACAGGCCCAUCACCGCUCACCACCACACCCAGCCAACACUACCACCACUGUGUACUGGGGACCUACACAGGCCCAUCACCGCUCACCACCACACCCAGCCAACACUACCACCACUGUGUACUGGGGACCUACACAGGCCCAUCACCGCUCCCCACCACACCCAGCCAACACUACCACCACUGUGUACUGGGGACCUACACAGGCCCAUCACCGCUCACCACCACACCCAGCCAACACUACCACCACUGUGUACUGGGGACCUACACAGGCCCAUCACUGCUCCCCACCACACCCAGCCAACACUACCACCACUGUGUACUGGGGACCUACACAGGCCCAUCACCGCUCACCACCACACCCAGCCAACACUACCACCACUGUGUACUGGGGACCUACACAGGCCCAUCACUGCUCCCCACCACACCCAGCCAACACUACCACCACUGUGUACUGGGGACCUACACAGGCCCAUCACCGCUCCCCACCCCACCCAGCCAACACUACCACCACUGUGUACUGGGGACCUACACAGGCCCAUCACUGCUCCCCACCACACCCAGCCAACACUACCACCACUGUGUACUGGGGACCUACACAGGCCCAUCACUGCUCCCCACCACACCCAGCCAACACUACCACCACUGUGUACUGGGGACCUACACAGGCCCAUCACUGCUCACCACCACACCCAGCCAACACUACCACCACUGUGUACUGGGGACCUACACAGGCCCAUCACUGCUCCCCACCACACCCAGCCAACACUACCACCACUGUGUACUGGGGACCUACACAGGGACACACCCCCCAUCAACACACACAAUACCACGGGUUUGUAAUAUCACUGGGUAUAGAUAGCAGGUAUUUGCAGUAUCAAUAA